CUAUUUCACUCAGCUAGGUAUACCGCUUUGACAGUAGCUUGUUGUUCGCCGAUGGUGUCUUCGGUCGUAUUUAUAGCACAUCUGUUUAAAUGUUGGGUUAUACUGUUUGCGUUUCUUAGUCUUACGCACAGUCUUGAGCAAACGAAGCAAUUCGAAAAGAUAAAUGUAAGACCUCGGUUCAAGCACCAAUUUAGAAUACCAGCAAUUGGCCAAAAUAAUGGGCAAUGGAGGAACAGAUUUGUACCGAAAGUAAAAAAGAAACCAAACACCAUUUAUAUUCUCUUCUGGGUUGGACCGUUUGGGGAUGAACCAGAGUUUCGAAUCGAUCCUAAGUUGUGCGGGAACUGUGUCCUAACUUAUGAUCAGAACUACUUGGAUGCAAGUGAUGCGGUGAUCGUCCAUUUUACCGAAGCGAAUCCACAUUCGUUACCAAGUAUACGAAGAAGGAAGAAAAACCAGAUGUUCGUAUUCUAUUCAACUGAGUCGCCUUAUUCAAUCUGCACCAUGAGACAGCUGAGAUUUCCCAAUAUGCGAAAUUAUUUCAAUUGGACAAUGACCUAUAGACGGGACUCGGAUAUUUACAUGCCGUUUGUUGAACUCGCUCGCAAAAACGGCGUUUUCAACGGAAUGACAAGAAAACAAUUCGGCCGCACAGCGGUGCAGAGGAUUCUCGAUAAAAAGCACUCUGGAUACACAGCGCUUUUUAUGACUAGAAAUUGUGGAAUGACUGUAGGUAGCACAAUAAGACUGGCUUUGUUGAACAAGCUGCAACUGUUAGGCCUGCGGGUCGAUUUGUAUGGCAGCUGUUUUUAUAACUGGGCCCCCACGGGAGCGCUCUACUUUCCCUUCGCUGCGAAGUACAAAUUCUACAUGGCGUUCGAAAACGCGGAGCAUUGUCGAGACUACAUCACCGAAAAACUUUGGACAAACUCCUUUGAAGCCGGUUUGGUGCCAGUGGUGUGGGGGCCAACCAAAGCAGAUAUUGAAGCAAUUGCUCCGAAGGGUUCGUACAUUUUCUAUGAAGAUUUUAAAAAACCAAUUGACCUGGUGAAAUAUCUGAACUUUUUAAGCACAAACGUCGUUGAAUACCGAAAAUAUUUCGACUGGCGACUUCGGCAACCUACGCCAGCCGAAUACAUGAUGGUAGAACAUGGUCCGAAGUAUCAACGUGACGUUGGUAUGUGUAAAAUGUGCAGACUUUUGUGGGAGAAACGAAGGUAUAAUAACGUAACUGGUAUAGUUGAAAAUAUAUACGAUUGGCUUUUAAACGACGAGCCACCCGAAUGCAUACUAGAACAGUUCAACAAGUUUUAAAAUUUUGAUUUUUGUGCUAUAUACCGUCUUAGUGUGCUAAAACCUUUACUUGCAAUAUAUCUGUAUCCUGCUCAAGUGCUUACACAACCUUUCUUCACAUUUUAUUUUCUUUAAUUAACCGCCCCUGUGGAUUAUAAGCAAGUUAAACUGUUUAGCUGUAUAUACGGAUAUAUGUGUAUUAAACAAUUAACAACUUUCUAUGGAAGGUUUUAUAA